UACAACCACCAAAUUUCCCCACUGCAUCUCAAUUGGCGUAUGUUGUUCAUUUUUAAAGUGGCAUUUUUUACUGGCUAGGAUGUGCGAGGUCCUAUGUGGGCACCCCAAGUACCGCUAAUGGAAAAAAAAAUAGUGCCCCCCACCCCUCCAUCAUUUAAGUUGCCCAUCCCUGCCAUAGAAAGAUAGAUUGAUAGAUGUACACAGAAAAUUCUCAUCCUCCCGGUCUCUUCCGGAAGGGUGCGUUUGAUUCGUUGCCAGUGACAUCAGCUGUGCCGUGAGUGAGCAAAAAAAAAAAAAAAAAGGAGGUGGGGGGGUGCAGGCAGCCGGGGCCACUCCUUGUCCUCACUCGUGCGCUGACUACAGCGCAAGCAGCAUCGCAAGAAGGAAAAAAGAAGAAGGAGAGGACGAAGAGGAGGGAGGGGACCGCCAACUAUGUCCGCCCUGUUGCAACAGAGCGCCGCGGCGGCCGACGCGAUGCCGACGAUGGAGCCGGCGACCAUGACGCCCGGCCCGGCCGCGGGGGCUCCGGCGGCCUGCAGCCCCGCGCGUCACUUCGUCGACUCCAAAUUCUACCUGCUGGUGGUCCUCGGCGAGGUGGUCGCGGAGGAGAACCUUAAGUGCGCCGUGGCCGACAUCGAGAAGGGUAUCCGCUCGUGGGACGCCAAUCUGAUGGACUGUAACCUGGACCAGGAGCUCAAGCUCUUUGUAUCCCGACACUCGGCGCGAUUCUCCGCUGAUGUCAAAGGCCAGAGAAUUCUUCAUCACAAAAGUAACGUGCUGGAGACAGUGGUGCUCAUCAACCCCUCAGACGACACUGUGAGCACCGAGGUUCGAUUGAUGAUCUCGGAUUCUGCCAGACAAAAACUUCUGGUCCUGUCGGGCCAAUGCACCGAAAGCACUGGCGAGCUCCUACUUCAGUCCGGAUCAUUUUCCUUCUCCAGAUUCAUCGACAUCUUCACUGACCAAGAGAUUGGUGAACUGCUGAGUACCAUUCACCCGGAAAACAAAGCCAACCUGACGCUCUCCUGCCCUGAUCAAGGAGACUGGAAGAAUUCCAACCUGGACAAACACAACCUGCAAGACUUCAUCAACAUGAAGCUGAACUCAGCACUCAUCCUCCCUGAAAUGGAGGGACUCUCCGAGUUCACCGAGUAUCUGUCCGAAUCCAUCGAAAUCCUGACGCCUUUCGACAUGCUGGAACCGCCGGCCUCUGGUGGUUUCCUUAAGCUCUCCAAGCCGUGUUGCUACAUCUUCCCCGGCGGUCACGGCGACUCCGCUCUCUUCGCCGUCAAUGGCUUCAACAUGCUCAUCAACGGCGGCUCCGACAGGAAGUCAUGCUUCUGGAAGCUGGUGAGACACUUAGACCGCGUGGACUCCAUCUUGCUGACCCACAUCGGCGAUGAUAACUUGCCCGGCAUCAAUAGCAUGCUGCGAAGAAAGAUCGCGGAGCUGGAGGAGGAGCAGUCGCAGGGUUCAACGGCAAACAGCGACUGGGUGAAGAACAUGAUCUCGCCGGAUAUCGGCGUUGUAUUUGUGAACCUUCCGGAAAAUUUGGAAAGCCCUGAACCUAAUUACAGAGUACGCAAGAAUCUCGAGGAGGCGGCGGCCACUCAACAGUUCCUUGCAAAGCUGAACCUGAGAACUGAGCCACUGCAGCGGCCUGUUGGAAACACGAUUGAACCCAUCAUACUUUUUCAGAAGAUGGGCGUGGGGAAGCUCGAGAUGUACGUUCUCAAUCCGGCAAAGAACAGCAAAGAGAUGCAACAUUUUAUGAAGCAGUGGACUGGAAAUGAAAAGGAUACCGCUUCUAUCCUGCUGCCGAACGGGAAAGAGUCAGAGUUCCCCGUAUCUUACUUGACAUCUGUCAGCUCUCUCAUCGUGUGGCACCCUGCGAACCCCUCAGAGAAAGUCGUGCGUGUUCUCUUUCCGGGAAAUGCCACCCAGCAGCACAUCUUUGAAGGUUUGGAAAAACUGAAGCACCUGGACUUUUUGAAGCAUGCAGUUGUCACUCAAAAACCGAUGCCUCUCGAAGUGCCGUCAACACCGACUCUGAAGCAAGCCAAGAUGAAAAACAGAACGGACAGCAAAGAGAGCCUGAAGUCGAAUCCAAAGUCUUCGCCAAGCAAAGGUGUCAGGAAAGAAUCCAAGGAGGAGGCGGCGGAGAAAGCCAAGGCAGAUUCAGACGAACUGUCUCGUGAAACACAAACAAAGGCAGAGAAAAAAGAAAAAACCCUGCUGAAGAAGGAACGAGCAAAGGCUCCAGAGAAAGAAUCAAAGACAAACACAGACCAAACUUCCCAGAAAGAAACACCAGAAAAAAAGCCAUCUCAGAUCAAAGUGAAAACCGAAAAGGAGCGGAUUGCCAAGAAAGACAUUAAAAUAUCUGCGGAGAAGAAAAAGGUGGUUAAAAAAGAGGUCGCCAAAAAAGAGGACUUGCCUAAAAGAGAGAUCAAGAAAGAUGAAAGGGUGAAGAAAGAGGACGCAAAGAAAAGGGAUGUAAAAAAGGACAUCAGGAGAGAUUCUCCUAUCAAGGAGAAAAAGGAUGAAAAGAGGGAACAGAAGAAGGAUGUUAAAAAGCUGUCAAAAGACACCAAAAAGGUAUUUUCCUCUGGAGAUGACAAAAGCCUGUCUCCCAAACCAAAGACUCUGAAAAAAGAUGUGUCAAAGAAAGAUGCAGGCACACCCUCAAAACUGAAAGCCAAAGCAGGGUCAAAAGUGCCAAAGGUGGAUGCAAAGGGCGAUGCCGCCAAAAGUGCAUCUGCUGCUGCGACUCUAAUGAUGGACCCAGAUGCAGAAAGGGCUAUUAUGUCUUCCCCAGAAGACCUCACUAAGGACUUUGAAGACCUCAGAGCUGAAGAUCUGGUGGAGGAUGCGGCGGUUGUACAAGAAACUGUAGAAGAAGAGGCUACAAUAAUCACCCACUGUAAAGACCCGAUGGAGACCAAAGAGUCCCCCGAAGCACCGGAGUCUGUCGAUGAGGGAAUCGCCACAACAGAGGCUGAAGGGGAAAAUGGAGCGACUCCAGACGAACAAGCUCUCAAGGGUAAACUCAACGGCAACAUGAGUGAAAAGUACGACGACGAGGGCACUGUGAUGGAGGAAGUCUCCGACGGAGCCGAUUACGAAGAGAAAGGGGAAACCGAAGAGGUUUAUGAGUCACGGAGAGUGCUAUCGAAUCACAAAGAGUCCUGCGAAACUCUUGACGAUCAUGAUCGCGCAGAUGCUCAACACAUGGGCGAAAGCAAAAGAGAGAAAACAGAAUUGAUUGUUUCAGCCUCACCCAAAGUGUCAUCACCCGUUUCCCCCGCCGGAUCCAUCCACGAUGAAAUGUUUCCGGCCGGCGUUGAGAGCUCAACCGCCUCAGAUGAAGCAGCCGAGGAAUUUGCCGUCACCGCUGGCCUCAUGCAGUCCACCCUUGAGAUCUCCAGUGCGAUGACUCUGACACCUAAUGAUGGGACCAACUCUCCGUCGCCGGAGUUUGGCAGAUUAGGUAUAACGGAAUCUGGAGAGCGUGAGAAGAGCAAACUACCCUUACUUCAGACUAAACCUCGUUCCGACUACUCCGGGAGCGAUGCAACCGAGGGCCAAGACUACAGCCACACAGCCUCGACAAUAUCUCCCCCGUCGUUAUUAGAAGAGGAUAAAUUUCCUUGUGAUGGGAAAGUAGCAGACUUUACCACACUUGAAGAAUCAUUUGAAAAGCAGGACACAGUCUCGGCAAGGCUGACUUCAACCGCACCCUUUGUGCAAUAUCCCUCAAGUAAUCAAAAAUAUAACUUUGAUUCAUCGUCAAUGUUUGGCACCCCAAUUGAACUGUCCACUACCUUAGCAGGGUACACCAGAGCAAUGGGUGAUUCCACCCUCAGCCCAGAAGACAAGACAUUGGAAGGAGCGAGCUCCCCCCAGUCAUCAGGCCAUACACCCUAUUAUCAGUCCCCAGUAGAAGAAAAAGCAGGAACUCUGCCACCCAUGUCAGACAAUGAAAACCAGGGUCCUAUUAUUGUGGAGGUCACAAGUGACAAAGAGGAGUCUUCGAACAGGGAUACACCCGAGCCUGAUGAGAAAGAGUGUUUGUCCUCUAUGGAUAAGUUUGCUUCCUCUCCAAAAACCCCACCUUCAACGGACCUGGACUCCCCUAUCAAGAAGGAAUUGGAUGACAUCAACAGAUCAGUCUUUUCCUCAACUACACUUGUGAAACAAGAAUCGGAUGCUCAUUCCAUUGCGGCUUUCAAAGAAGAGAGUAAAAUGUCCAUUUCUGAAGGUAGCACAUCAGACAAGUCAGGCACACCGCUGGAGGAAGUGGUAGCAGAGGAUGUGUUUUCGCAUUUAGCCUCAGCGUCCACUGCCUCGCUUGCUACCAGCUCUCUGCCCGAGCCCACCACCGACUCUCCUUCCCUCCACGCUGAGGUUGGCUCUCCUCACUCGACGGAAGUAGACGACUCUUUAUCCGUUUCCGUAGGUCAGACCCCGACUACCUUCCAUGAGGCAGAGGUGGCAUCCCCAUCCAAGGAAGACUGCCCUCGGCCCAUGUCCAUCUCCCCAGACAUCUUACCAAAGACCAAAUCCAGUUCACAGAUCCAUGACGCAAAGUCACCUGAACAUUCUACCAUGUCAUUGGAAUUUGGCCAGGAGUCUCCGGACCACUCCUUAGCCCUUGACUUCAGCAAGCAAUCUCCUGAGCACCCAUCUGCAGGAAGCAACUCGCGUGCCACAGAGAACGGCCCAACUGAGAUUGACGACAGUCCUUCGCAGGUUGAGAGAGCAUCGGAGGACCAGAUGUCUUCAGCGGAGAAGCCUUUGCUUUUUGAAGACGCCGAUUCAGCCCAUGAUGCUUCUGUCACCCCAUCGGACGCAUCCCAGUCCACUCCCUCCGCCACAACCCCAUGCCAAAUGACAGAGUUGCCCCUAAUGGCUGAACAGACGGACGGGUCUCCGCUCACGCCAAAAGCAGUCUCUCUAACCCACUCUGCCCCCCAUUCCCCCUAUUCCAGUGAGGAAUCCCCAGUUUCAGGAGGUCCCGUGGAAAGAGGCAUCAGACCCAUUUCACCGACUGCGGAGCACAAGUCUGCCGGACAAGAGAAACUUGACAAACCUUCUGAAAUGACAACGGCAACCUCUCUUACCCACUCGCCCCCUCAUUCCUGUCAUUCUAGUGAGGCCUCCCCGGUUUCAGGAGGUCCACUGGAAAGAGACAUCAGCCCAAUUUCUCCGUCUGCGGAGCACAAGUGUGACGAACAAGAGAAACAUGAUAAACCCUCUGACACGACUUCCCUGUCAUCAUCUGCACUAUGGUUUUCAGACAAAGGGAAACCUUUGCCAGAAAAGGAGACCAACCCGUUUAUAUGUGACGAUUCAACAGUGAAAUCUCCCGUGAGCCCCAAAGUCUCUUCCCCGUCACAUCUACCUCUGUCCUCGCAUGCAUGUACUUAUAACACAGCUUUCAGCUGCAGGGAGCCUGAACCUUCCAAGAUCAGUCCAUCCAUUUCCAAGACAGAGGUCGACCUCUGUUUAGUACCUUCAUGUGAAUACCGUCAUCCCAAGACGGAACUUUCACCUUCUUUCAUCAACCCCAACCCUCUUGAAUAUUUCCUCAAUGAAGAGAGAACUCUGGAGGAAGAGAAGCCUCUUGAGAUGGUGGGGGGUGGGCCUCCGCCUUCAGGGGGUAAGCUUCCUGCCAAGCAAUGUGAGGAGACUCCUCCCACAUCUAUCAGCGAAUCUGCCCCCUCUCAGACCGAUUCUGAUGUUCCGCCGGGGACAGAGGAGUGCCCCUCGAUUACGGCAGAUGCUAACAUUGAUUCAGAGGACGACUCUGAGACUUUGCCCACCGAUAGAACCCUCACCUACAGGCAUGCCGAUCCUCCUCCAGUAGCGCUCAUGGACUCGGCUCCAACUGCGGGCCCCCAUGAUGUCUGCAUGGUCGAUCCAGAAGCCCUCAAGGCUGAGGAAAACCGCCACAAUGCUAAUACGGAUGCCGCGGAAAAGCCCAAGAAGAAAAAGCUCACCAAAAAGGCCUCUUCGCCAGCUCGAAAAACUGGUCUGUCAAAAGUGAAGGACUCAAAGACCGCCUCUCCCAAGAAGAGUUUUGGAGAGGGGAAAGAUGCCAAAAAUGCAACCAAUACGUCAGCAUCUCGAAGUACCGGCGAGAAGGUGUCAAGUGUGGCAUCUCUCCCAAACUGUCCUCCCAUGUACAUGGAUUUGGUUUACAUCCCCAAUCACUGCAGUGCUAAAAAUGUGGAUUCCGAAUUCUUCCAACGGGUGCGCUCCUCGUACUAUGUGGUCAGUGGCAAUGACCAGACGUCUGAAGAACCCAGUCGGGCUGUGCUCGAUGCUCUGCUGGAAGGGAAAGCCCGGUGGGAGAACAAUAUGCAGGUCACGCUGAUACCGACCCAUGACACGGAUGUGAUGAGGGAGUGGUACCAGGAGAGCCACGAUAAGCAACAGGAGCUGAACAUCAUGGUCCUGGCCAGCAGCAGCACGGUGGUCAUGCAGGACGAGUCCUUUCCAGCAUGUAAGAUAGAAAUGUAGGACGAGGUCAUUCAUGAGCGAACGUAACUGAGCGAUGUCACCUGAAAACAGUCACUCCUACUUUCACACACGUGAAAUUAACUUCCACUGCACUUCUGAAUAUCAACCCACGACUUUUCCAAGGAACUGCUGGUAAAACAUGAAAAAAUACGUCAUUGGUUUUGACUCCGUUCACCCACCUUUCCAGUUCAACACAUUGUGUUUUAAUCUUGCCGGAUGGAUAAAGAAACAACAGAUCUUUGCCUUACUGGGAUGUUGAGUAAUGAAUGUAUCCGACAAACAGAACGCUAAUGGACAAAACAUCCUCAAAUGGUCACACAGUUGGUAACACGAAGGCCACAGCCCUGUGCUUAGGGAUUGUAAAAUAUUUAUGAAUAGCUCUGUGCAUGAAUUAGCCUUAGCUUUGUACUUAAAUGAGUUUUUUUUUUCCUUAACCCUUGGGGCGAGUGAGCUUGAUAAAUGAUAGUUGAGCGAAUUGUGAUGUUGGGCGCAGAUUUGCCGCUGAAUGACCUUUCACAUAGCCACACUUCCAAAAUGCAGACCGACCAAUCACUUAAUGCUAUGCUGUCAUCUCUGUCGUCAUUUGAAUCCCUCAAAAGUCAGCUUUGUUUGCACCGAUCUAAUAAUGCACUUGUAUUAUUCGAGCAAGAAUGCUACGGCAUUGUUAGCUCGUUAACCAAAAUGCUAGGCUACUAAUCUGCGGCUUGGUUACCAUGCAUGGCACUCGCAAAAUUGGUGCAACUCAGCUAAUGAGUUUAGCUACUUUGCUCAUUUACCAAAACACAAUGUCUGGUUAGUUAGGCUUCCCCUGAAACAAGCUUAGCAACGUUAAUAGAAUUGUUUUUUGCUUGUUAACCAAAAUGCUACACUGCUAACACAGGACUUGGUUACGAUGCGACAUGAGCUCAGAUGAGCUACGCUAGUAGAGCUAGCUACUUUGACUUCUAACCCAAAAAAUGCUACACCUAUAUUACUCAGAGAAGGACUAGUUCUGAUCCGUGAUGUGAGCGAGAUUUGCUGGCUAAGCUAACAGGCUACCUUUAGCAUAAUGCCCGCCAUCCAAACAUUGGCUAGUACACUUUGGAUUUGGUGACGGUACCUUUUUAGUGGAAGUUCAAUUAACAAGGAAUUUUUUUUUUUUUGAGACAUGCCAGCAAUUAGCACCUAGAUGCUAAAUUAUUUAGCCUCAACGUAGCCAGCAUCCCUGUGAAUGAGAGCGAAUUAUGUUAUGCAACACCAAAAAACGGACACAAAAGGUGAACCGCUGUACAGUGAACCUCUGUUUACCGUGGUUGACCCACCACCUUCCAGAUCCACUCAUGAUUGGUAAAAAUUCAGCACCAUGGAGACCGUAUAAAAACAUUUUCUUAUAUCUUAUUCUCCCACAUUUUAAAGACACUAACUUAUUAACCCAUACCAUUAAUAAGAGAAAGAGGAUACUUGCUCGUUUACUGUAUUGGAAUUUUUUUUUUAAACCCACACAUUUUUUUUCUCAAUUUUUCUUUUCUCAUUUUUUUUCUUUCUCACUUCCAGAUUUUCACAAUUUACAGACAGGCUUAGCGCCCUAUCACCCGCAAAUAGUGGUAGGCCACUGUUUAUUUAAACACCAUACCAGAUUAUUACAAAGGUCUGCUAGCAUAAAGCUCACAUGUAAGGUGAAAUACCAUAGCGAGGCAAACAGUUAUUAGCAUAGUUGUUCCUGUAACUAUUAACUUUCAAAACAACUGCUACUUUAACAUAUACAGAGCGACAACACACACAAACAGAGCAUACAUACAACAACACUCACGCUUGUGGGACUAUUACUAGAUCUUCUCUGCCUCUGUCUCUUCUUCUUCUUCUUGUAAAUUAUGCUACAUUUCUUCCAGUAGAGCUCAGUGCUGCCUGCCAUGUUGUUUCACAAUGUGGUGUAACCUAAAUUCGGACUUGUCCGUACUGUAAAAAAAAAA